AUGGCAUCUCCAUUCUUCUUUGUCAACAAGAAAUCAGGAGAUCUACAACCAUGCCAAGACUACAGGAAACUCAAUGAUGCCACCAUCAAGAACACCUACCCCAUUCCACGAGUAGAAGAUCUACUGGAUCAUGUCACCUCUGCCAAACCAACCAUAUUCACCAAGCUUGACCUACGUGCAGGAUAUAACAAUCACCUGAAAGAAGCAGAUCUGUUCCUCAAACCAGAGAAGUGUUUCUUUGAUGUAUCAGAAGUUGAAUUUCUUGGGUUCAUUCUCCGACCAAGUCAAAUUGGAAUGGCCAAGGAUAAGGUGUCAGCAGUACUCAAUUGGCCAAAGAUUGACAGCAUCAAAGCACUACAAUGGUUCCUAGGCUUUGCCAAUUUCUAUCAAUAA